CAGAUGCCCAGAACUACUCUAGUAGCUCGAAGAAAAACUGAAGGUCCGCCAAACACGCCACCACUGGCAGACUGGCCGCAGCUUCACGCCAAAAAAGAACAGCUUGCAUCCUGGGAGCAUCUCAAGGAGUUUUACGAAAAGCUCUCGACAGAACCUGGAAGGAGCACAGUUUUGUGGUCCGCACCGCCGGGCUUCUAUCUCUCAGGCUCCUGGACAGAUUAUCUACUCCCAGAACGAUGGGACGUUGAUAUUGCCUGGUCAAUCAUUACCCGAGGUCUCAUACUGCCAGACAAAGAAGAGAUUACAAAUUUUCAUCUGAUCACGACGAACACAUAGCUGGCGUACUUGAUCAAAGCCCACCGCCUCAGCUGAAAAGUGAGUUCGCGGAUAUGCAAGAGGAGGUUGCCAGGCUUCGUGCGGAUAACGAGAAACUUCGUCUGCAGGUCGCAGCGGAGAGGCACGGGCGAAGAUUUGCACACAAAAAGGUGGACGAUGCCCUUCAUGUGCUAGCUGCUGACAAGACUAAGCUACAAGAAGUUAUCUCCAACAUGCAUUACGAGUUGGAGGAGCUCCAACGCAAGAUGGCCCAGUGCGAGCAGGAGCUCUUUAACGACAAGGCCCAGGCACAGUCGGCUGUCGAGCAGGCAAACCGGGAGUCGGACGACAUGCGAAAGGAAAUGGAAACCAUUCAGCGGAAGCUGGAUGAGAGGGACACGAAGGCUUGGGUGAACGUCUUUGAGGUGACCGCCGUGAGGGACGAAGGGGCUCGACGCGAGGUGGCACUGCGCACAGAGGUCGCAAGUUUGCAGGAUACAACAUCCACGCUGCGGUCAGAGGUGGCUUCGCUCAACAAGACGGUCGAGGCGAUGCACAUGGAGACAGAGGAGCUGCUGGAGCAGGAGGCGAGGCGGUUCACGGAGAUUGCGGAGCUACACGAUGAGAACGCGAAACUGCAAGGCGACAAUGCAAAAGUGCGCGUUGACUACGCCGGCCUGUGCAACACGAUGGCCGACGUUGUCUCAAAGAACGCAAGUCUCCAAUCGGAGAUCUUCUCUAUGCGCUACAAAUCCGCGGACUCGCAAAUGGCAGCACAACCGGCUACGUCGAAGUCAUCAUUGACUGGCGGAUCUUCUGCCGCGACCAACAAACCGACGAGGGGUCCGGUCGCGACUUGUAUCAAGGUCGAGCAGUAGUAGAGUGUAGUUUUCUCGUUGAUGUAGCCACAGAAGGGAUGAUUAGC